UAUUGCAACUACUUGCGGAGAACCAUUCAUGUGGAAUAGUACCUUCUGGAAGAGUUUCCAUGCAGGUGGCACAAAAGCCCUCCUUUCACCACCCUUACGGUAAAUGGCUUAUCUUACCUACGUCCAACAGGCCCUAGCGCCUGGGAACUUAGCGCCAGUCCAGCCUCAGCACCAAUCAUGAAGGGCCACAUGAGUGGGGAGUGUCAGUAUAAAUGAAGCAGACAGCAAGUUCUGUUCCCACACUGGGCAGAAGAGGAAGGAGCCUCUGGGUUCUUCGCUGACGGUUAAGUCCUGCUCCAAGGCCCAGCAAGCUUUCUCUUCACCGGCAGUUACAUGGAGAGUCUGCAGUCUGCGGUGUGACCUGCAAGCCUCACUUUAAGGGGAAAGAUGGUGGGCUGUGACCUGCUGUGGCUGGCUGUGGCCUCCUGCAUUCUGAUGCUGGCCUCUUCAUCUACAACAACACAGCAAGAUUAUGGAGGCCCCAGGAACAGUGGCUCUGAUGGGCUGGACUGUGGAGCAUCUGGCUCCUGCUUUGACCCUUGUCAGAAUUACAUCACCCUGGAUGACCCGUCCAGAAGCACAGAAUACACGGAGGUCUCAGAUGCGUGUGAUGACAAUCUCCGGGGCUGGUACCGCUUCGUGGGUGAAGGAGGAGUGAGGAUGCCAGAGACCUGUGUGGAAGUAUUCCGGUGCGAUACCUCUGCUCCCAUGUGGCUGAAUGGAGCUCACCCUAACCUGGAAGAUGGCAUUGUCAGCCACACAGCCUGUGCCAACUGGAAUGAAAAUUGCUGCUUCUGGAGUUCUGAGGUCAAGGUGAAGGCCUGCUCAGAAGAAUCAGGAAUCUUUCAUGUAUACAAGUUCCAGGGCACCCCCGAAUGCAGUCUGAGAUACUGCACAGAACCUGAAGAAACCACACCUACCCCCGAAAUCACCACUACACCCACCCCUUCACCCACCACUGAACCCACCUCUGCACCCACCACUGAACUCACCUCUGUACCCACCACUACACCCACCCCUAAAACCACCCCUGCACCCAUCUUUAAAACCACCCCUGUACUCACUUCUAAAACCACUGUUGGACUCACCCUUGAACCCACUGAGUGUGAUAUCACUUGCCGUCCUGAGGAGAAAUGUGUUCUACUCCAAGAUGGCUCCUGGACCUGUGUCUGUAAUCCGGACCUCAGUGUUUCUGAUCCUCAGAGUUUGCAGCCUGAGCUGGACUGUGGACCUAGUGAGAUCAAGGUGAAGCUGGACAAGUGCUUGUUGGGAGGUCUGGGUUUCAAGGAGGAGAUCAUUACCUUCCUGAAUGACCGGAACUGCAGUGAAAUCAUGCAGAAUGAGCCCAACAACUGGGUGUCCGCCACCAGCCCCGUUGGGGCUAAUGCCUGUGGGAACAUUCUGGAAAACAAUGGGACCCAUGCCAUCUACAGAAACAACCUCUCCUUGGCCACUGAUUUCAUCAUCAGGGACUUCCUCGUCAAUGUCAACUUCCAGUGUGCCUACCCACUGGACAUGAAGAUCAGCCUCCAAACUGCACUUCGGCCCGUUGUGAGUUCCCUGAAUAUUGAUGUGGGCGGGGCAGGAGAGUUCACUGUCAGGAUGGCCCUCUUCCGAGACCAGAGCUAUACACAACCUUAUGAAGGGGCCCAAGUGGAGCUUCAGGUGGAGUCUAUGCUCUAUGUGGGUGCCAUCUUGGAUAAAGGAGAUGACUCCAGGUUCAAGCUGUUGCUGAGGAACUGCUAUGCCACACCCACAAAAGAUAAGAAUGACCCUGUGAAGUACUUCAUCAUCAGAGACAGCUGCCCAAAUCAACAAGAUUCCACCAUCAACGUGGAGGAGAAUGGGGUGUCCUCAGAAAGCCGGUUCUCAGUACAGAUGUUCAUGUUUGCUGGAAAUUACGACCUAGUUUUCCUGCAUUGUGAGGUGAACCUGUGUGACCCCACUAAUGAAGAGUGUAAACCAUCUUGCUCUAGAAGUCAGCUCCGCAGCAGUGGACCAGGCAUCAACUUGGCCCAGGUUCUAGACUUAGGACCCAUCAGUAGGAAAGGUGCUCAGACUCUCGAGACCUCAAGUGGGACUCCCAGCACUGCAGGGUUCCUGAUGGCCUGGCCCAUGCUCUUCCUGCCUGUCUUCCUGCCUUGGCUGUUCUGAGAGGCCAGCUGGGCAUCUGGCUGAGAAGCUCAUGUUCUUCCCUCUGGCAAUGGCUUUCAUCCAGCCUUCUUCAGUAGAGCUGGAUCCCUCUGUGUAUCAUGUGGACAGCCCUAGUUCAAGGCUAGGCUGGGUUUGGAGAAAGGGAAGAGCAUGCUCCGUUAUGUUCCUCUUUUUCUCGUGUUGAGACCCUGCCAGUUUGUCCUAGGCCAGCUUGCUCACUCAUUAGUGGGGCUUGGAAAGAGAACCCAGACCCGCUUGGUUUCUCUUUGAUGCUAGUAAUUAGUGGAAAUGCAAUGCAUAUUAGAACUCCUGGAUAGAGGUGUCCUGUGAGUGGGUAGGAAAUCCAUGGUUCUUCCUAAAUGUCUCGUGUCCUAAAAGCUGGUGAAUUGAAACCCAUUGACCCUGGCAUUCAUUCUCUCUGCUGUGUUUCAUUCUGGCAACAGUCACGUGGGAACAUGCAGUUGUGAGAAGGGGAGUGAGGACUCUCAAAGGGGAGACUAGUCCCACCACUCACCUAUGCCCUCCACCACUAUAAUGGUACCUAGAACUGCACACAUCUCUACACCUGGGGCCCAGCUGCUGGAGGAACAGCUUUUUUUUUUUUUUAUGCAGAACUGUCAUUACCAUGGAGAACAGCCCUUGCUGUUAACAUUGUGGUGUGCUUGCUCUGGAGGACUAAGCAGGGGAAGGCAGACUGAAAAUGAUACAUCAAUGCUGUUGUGGGACUCUAGCCACAAAACCUAGAAGAUAGGUGAUUUCCCAUCCUGAAGACUUUUAACUAAUUAUCCCAAAACACUUUACAAAGACUUGACCAAUGAGGAAUGCUUCCUUUCCUCACAGAUACACAUGAGGCUUCUCCAAGCUGACUUCUGGAAGAACAGUAGAAGCCAGAGUCAGAGCCUGGGUGCUAGGCAUGCCUGUCUGCUAAGAGUUUCCACUGCACAGCCUUGUUCAGGCAGGAUAUGGGUUCCAAAACACAGAGACUUACUCCAACUAACUCAGGCAAAAGGGGGAAUAAUUGUAGGUAUAUCAGUCUACUCUGACUAAUUUAUGAUUUCUAGAGAUUGUAUUAAAUAAUGUGAUAAUAUCAAAGCAAGAAGGCCAGGGGCGAGGAGUACAUCCUAGUUGCACACACACUAAGAAUCAGCGUGCAGAAGCCAUGAUGCACCCCAGUUUGUCCAUCUUUCCAUCCAUCAGUCUUCCUGAAGCUGCAUAGCUGGUACAUCUACUUAAUAUCUGUUGCAAGGAACCGCUUGUUUGUCCUGGCCGCCCAGAACCAAAAUAAUCACAUAGAAACUUCAUUAGUUAAAACACUGCUUGGCCCAUUAGCUCUAGCUUCUUAUUGGCUAACUCUUACAUCUUAAUUUAACCCAUUUCUAUUAAUAUGUAUAUCACCAGGAGGUUGUGGCCUACCAGCAAAGUUUCAGCACAUCUCUGGUGGCAGAUCCUUGGCAUCUGUCUGAAUCUGCCUCCUUUCUCACAGCCUGCCAUUUAGUUUUCCCCGCCUACCUAAGUUGUGCCCUAUCAACAGGCCAAGGCAGUUUCUUUAUUCAUUAAUGGUACUCAAGCUUAUAGAGGAAAAUCCUGCAUCAAUUAUCUUUGGAUGUCUCCUGCACUUCAGUUGCACAUACCUUCCUAGUUCAAAGAGUGGCAGCAAUGGUCUAGCAUGCUGCUGUCCCCCACUCACGCUGCCUUAGGAUGAUCCAGUUUGCUGUUUGAAUGAGGGUGUUUCCUAGCUCCCCACAACUGAGACUGGGUAAGUGGGACCAACCAACAUGAAGUAGCUAAUGAGACUAACCUCGUGGGUGGGUCUAAAUAAACGAGUCUGUUUCUUCAACAUCCCACAGGUCAUGAGGAGAGCACCUUCUGUUUCUCUGAAAUCUUUAAGGUCCCUGUCUACUGCAUUCCAAAGGCGGUGAUAUGGUAUAGGAACUGGCCUACUGCAGAGGUCUGGACAUCUCAAACGUCUCCCCUUUCUAUGGCCCACUUUCUCUUUUCAGCAGAAUGAAGGGUUUGGGGCCAGAACAAGAUUCUUAAAUCUUUUAAAUGGUACAGUUCUUCUUUUAAGUGUAAUUCUAUAUGAACGCUAAUAGUUUCAGAUGAAAGCAAACAGACUCCUGUUGCUGUUAGGUAGGAGGCUUAUCUCUUCCAUCUGUGACUUCCUUUUCAUCAGGACCUCACAGCAAACACAAACUAACACAUAAAGCUACCAGGAGCAAAACACUAUGGCUUCCUGGGAAGUAGGAACUUGAGUAUCUCCUCCAAAGGAAGUCAACAGAAUUCCACCCAACUAGAGCCAAACUUGGAUGUACAAUACC